AGAAAAACGAAGCAUCUUGGUUCAUUUUCAUAUUUUUCUGCUACCGAAAAUCGAAAUUAUCCCAAUUCUAAGCACAGGUUGAGGAUAACAGCAGCUAGCAAGGACACGACAGAUUACAACGCAGAUAUGUGAUCUCAAUAGCGAAGACGGAAGACACAUUAGAGAAACAAAAAUACAGUGUUAUAGAUACCUCGAUUUUGCUCCGACAAGAAAUAAAACGGCAAAAGAAAAUCAACAAAACCGACAAUGCUGUCCAACAACAAGCGGAAGCGCAACGACAAAGCCGCUAAAGGCUCGGCGGAAAAUGCUAUCAAAGCAAAAAAGAGCAAAACCGACGAGCCAACGGUCGGCACCAGCAGUCCGACGGAUAAGGACGAGGAGGACUUGAGUGAGGAAGACGAGGAGGAAAUUUCUCAUCAACAGGAUGAGCAAAGCCGACCGGGCUCCUGCGACGAGGACGAGAUAAGCCAGGAACAUGAAGAUUCUCAAGACCAGUCCGAGUCCGGCGAGCCCGUGAUGCUUGCCCCGGUGACCAUCCUCGGGCACCGGGUUCUCCCCGGCGUCGUGAAGCACACGGUGCUAGAGAACCAGCCGCUGGGGGUGUUCACCUACGAGGACAAUUUCCGGAACGCAGAGGAUUUGGAAACCGCGAAGCAGCAGUGCGAGAUCCUGCAGACCAAGCCGAAGACGUCCGACGCGGAAAACGAAAACUACUCCGCGGGGAACACGUACUGGAUCGGGGCAAAUGACGAGCCGAAGUUUCUGUUGGAGAAGCUCGCGAAGGAAAUUUUUUUGCAGUACACCAAGGAAAUCCCCAUCGAUUUUGAGGAUAAUGUGGACGAAUCCGAGAAUAAUUCCGAUGAUGAAGAUGGACAACAAGAAGCUGGUGCUACUUCUUCCGCGCAGGAGAAGAUGCAGGAACAGAUUUCCCUGAACAAGUCUGGCAGCUUCCAGAUGCGUAUCACAAGAAAAAGUGUUAACAUUAACGGUUUUCACAGAUGGCAGUCAUGCAUAUACAAAUUUCGCCUUCCAUGCAUGCUAUGCAAUACAAAUUUGCGCACCUUUUCUGAUGCAUCACUGCAUCACAAAUUCCGUUAACGUUAACACUUUUUUUUGUGAUAAUGCGCCGGCGUGUCCCCCCGGCUCUGGUGAAGAAAAACGAGCAGGAAACGUUGAAAUCAAAAAGCGAUGUUGGAGUAGAGCAGGAACAAGGUACCGGAGUCGCGGCAGUGGCAGGAGCACCUGCUUCAGGAGACGCGGAACAAGAAGACUCCAACGAGGAUUUUUACAUCUGCAAUCCGUGCAAGGAUGAAGAUUGCACGGAACUACAAGGUGGUAACGAAUCCGGUACCGACGCCGAAAGGAAUGAACUCCUCGGCCGGGAUAUCGAAAGAAAAAAUCCCCCCUCCCCAUAUCGAAACGGAAUUUCUGCUGCUGGAUUUGUGUACACAGAUCAGCUUUGUAUUGCAGAGAGGCAUUCUUGCGGCCAGGCCCCAGGCUAGGUAGGGGCGUAUGGGUCUAGUUGUUCAGCAUGGCAAACGGCUUCCCUUUAGGCGCAAUAGCAUUACAAAUCGCGUCCAUCAUGGGGCGGAAGCUUCUGCCCUUGUCUUCUUGCAAUACAAAUGUGAUUUGUGACCGGAAAUCAGCAACGCAAAUUUUCGGAAACAACCCUGCUCAAUAUGGGGAGGGGGGAUUUUUCCUUCUGAUACGGGAUUUGACGGCGCCGGUCCCGGCGAGUAUUUCCGGGGCGGAGUACUGGGCGGUGGUGUUGGAUGACAAGGAAAAAGAAGACAGCGACAACGUGGACCUGCACUUCGACAAGGAUUACAUUUUGGAGGAGGAUCACAAGGUGAACUUGCACCCCUUAUUCGGCUCGGUGUUGUACUUGACCAACCACGGGGCGCCGACGGUCGUGACCGCCCAGCGGGAGGAGUACAUGCCGGCGAUCACGUUCAACUUGUCCCCGGAGAAAGGUCUCGACAGUAACGAAAACAUGUGCGUCGUCUCCUAUCCGCGAGCCGGGAAGCACGUCGUGUUCGACGGGCAACUGUUGCAUUUCGCGGACGGAUAUCAACUGCAAAAGUGUCUGGGUCUGGAAGGAUGCAAGGUUUGUCAUGCACAGUCUGCAUGACUCCUGACGUCUGUGAGGCAUGCCCUAGCAUCACAGAUUUUGUGAGGUGGGCUUCCUGAUGCCUAUAACGCAUGAGAAAUGCCCUCUCGCCGUGGCAAAAACUGGACCUCUUUAUUUGCUGUUUAUGGUGCAAUCCAGAUUUUUGUAGUAUCCAAAUGCAGCAUCACAAGUUGCAACCUUGCAGACCCAGACAUAUUUGCACUGCAUAACGGAAGUCUCGCGCAGCAGAAGGCGGAGAACAGGAAGCGGAUCGCCCUGUUGGUGAACAUAUCAAAUGUAAAAAUGUCUAGGUCUGGAAGAAUGCCACUUGUGAUGCUAACUUUGGAUUCUAAAAAAAUCUGUAUUGCAUGACCAGCAAGAGGCGCCCAGUUUGUGCUACGCGGGGAGGGCAUUUGUCAUGCGGGAUAGGCAUCAGGAAGGCCUGUAGAAACACGUGAUGCUAGAUCAUGCAUUACAGACAUCCUGAGUCAUGCAAAGUAUGCAUGACAAACCUGCUAAGCUUCCAGACCCAGACACUUAUACAUUUGAUAGAGCAUCUGGGUGGGGCACCGCCCGGUGGAAUGUCUCCGAAUGGAGGAAGACACGGGGAAGAGAAAAUUGUUGGAGAAAAUCAUCGCGGUAGAGAAGAAAGAAAACCAAAAUAAGGUCAAAGAACAAGCAGAAGGAACAAAGGAACAAAAAACUGCUUUGUCCUUCACCAGUCCCGGCCUGAUCCACGUUGUGAAUGACAAGCACGAGGUGGACCAGGAGUGCCAAAAAGCUUGCACCUUCUCGAAAAAGUUCAAAUCCUCCACCAACCAGUACGAGUUUGGGCGAUGCGAUUGGGUCAAUUUUGAGGCUGUGGCGGAAGAUGCAAAAGAAAAAUUACCCUCGACUCUGUUUUACCCGCCAGGGGGAGUGAUUGAUGUCAGUGAAGAAGGCAAGAACGGCCGCGGGCCUGGAACAGCAGCUCCUGUAGGAAGCGCUAUGAAGAAGAAGGCCGCUCCUGGUGCUGCGAAGAAAAAGCAAGAAGAACAUCCGCCCCCACCUCCGGAGGAGCCGAUGGAUGCGGAGUUGGUCGAAUCUUUGAUCGGGCAGGGUGAGGCUUUGAAGACGGUCUUCCUCACCACCCAUUUCCCGGGCCGUGACGCGGGCAACAGAAAGCCGCACGGACUGACCAUUCGGGGGAGCAAGCAGAAGAUGGGAAAUGAGAAAGAAGAGUGCAACAAGCACAAGAAGCUCUUCGACCCGGUCAUUCGACUAACGACGAAAUUUAUGUGAGAUGAAGUAGAUGAGAACAACAACAAAUACAAAAAACCGACCCGCACGGGGCGUAUUGCCGCGUUGUUGACCACGACCUGUGGGAGUAAUUGUACGGCGCUUUACUUUUAACUUUUACUUUUGCAAAUAACGACGAAGAACGAGACGAAAAAUUGAAGGCCGGUGUGUGGCAAUGAGUGGCGCCACAACGAUACUAUCCUCUUUUUCAGGCUCAGACUUCCUCAUCACUACUGCGCAGUAGUACGACUCGAUACACGACUCUACGUAUAUGAGAAGAUGAAACCAAAACACGAAAUCGUAGCCUUGACCUUGAGGAGCUUCACAACAU